UGCUCUGACCCAUCUCAGCACUUAGUAUCAAAAUAUAAUGUUGCAUAUGGCUGUGUAAAUGCAUUUAUGCAACCUCAGAGCAGCAUUACACUGUCUGUGCAAAAGCGCCUAAAUUCUACUUCAGAACUGCAGUGCCAGCUUGUUUUGCAGUGUAAAUUUGUAUAUUUCAAAAAGGGAAAUUUUGAAAUCGAUAAUUCUGGUCGUGGAAUCUGAUUGGUCAAUACAGUGUUACAGCCAUGCCAACAUUCAUGAUGUAUUAACAGCUAUUAACGCGUUCUGUUAUUGUUGGUGAGUUUAUCCUUAUAAUCUUAAUAAAUCAACUUUGCUGGAUUAAAAGACCCAUUUUUUAUUAAACAAACGGCUCUGUCUGUCGUUGGUGAGCUUCUAACUAUUCUGCCAGCUCGAAAUUCUAGUGAAAGCAGGUCAGGAGAGAAGCUUUGAUUAUUAAUGAAGUACAUAGUCUGGUAAUGGUAAAACCAAGAACGUAGCAGAAUAGCAGAAUAAAAAGGCUCGUUUAAGAUAUUUGCUCUCAAAUUGUUAUUGUGCACCGAUACACACACGUUUCUGACUUGUUGACGCACUUAUAUCGUCCUCCUCUUAUCCUGUCAUUUUCUUUCUGUCAUUUUUUACCUCUGUGGUGGAUAUAGACAUCUGUGGUCUUUUUCAGAUGUCAUCCGCCAUUCAGUUUCAUUCAUAUUGGCAGACUGGUGUGUGCAAUCUAUUGAUAGAACUCUGUGUGUAUGACUAGAUUAUGAGCCAGUCACACCCUGUUUCUCAUCUCAAGUGUAUGUUAAGAGAAAGAGAUAGUGAAAGUAGGGAAGAAGACGAUACAUGAUAUGAAGUUGAGUGUAGCACUUUUAGCUCUAUCUAAUACAUAUAUCAUUAAGUUAGUAUUUUAGCUUCUAGAGUUUAUCUUCUGGACAGUUGUGGGUGUUCAGUCAUUUAUUCAUUCAGUUAGUCAGAUGGGCCUGGUUUAUACCCUCUGCUUCUUUUAUUUGGUGUUUAUUCUCUCUCUCCUCCUACAGGCUUUGGCAUGCUGCUCCUCUGCUGUGUGUGUGUGUUUGCUUGACUCUCAGACCUUUUUUGGGCACGAGUUUGUAUUGACGUGUUGAUUGUUUGAUGUUGUAUUGCAUGUUUUGUUGUUGACACGUGCAUCCUCAUACAUCAUAUGUCUCCUUUAUAGGAUGAGGGCUUGGUCAAGGAAAUCAGCAUCACUCACCACGUCAAGGAGGGCUCGGAAAAAGCGGACACACGACAGUUUGAACUCUGCAAGGUGCUGGGCCAGGGAUCUUUUGGCAAGGUAUUCCUUGUCAAGAAGAUAACUGAGCCCGAUGCAGGACAGCUCUAUGCUAUGAAAGUACUAAAGAAAGCUACAUUGAAAGUACGAGAUCGAAUGCGUACAAAGAUGGAGAGAGACAUACUAGUUGAGGUCAACCAUCCUUUUAUUGUUAAACUGCACUAUGCAUUUCAGACAGAAGGCAAACUCUAUCUGAUUCUGGACUUUCUCAGAGGAGGAGAUCUCUUCACUCGCCUGUCCAAAGAGGUGAUGUUUACAGAGGAGGAUGUAAAGUUCUACCUUGCAGAGCUGGCUUUGGCCUUGGACCAUUUACAUGGACUGGGAAUCAUCUACAGAGAUCUCAAACCAGAAAAUAUUCUUUUGGAUAAUGAUGGACACAUCAAACUUACAGACUUUGGGUUGAGUAAAGAGUCCACUGACCAUGAGAACAAGGCAUAUUCAUUCUGUGGUACGGUGGAAUAUAUGGCUCCAGAGGUGGUCAACCGCAGAGGUCACACUCACAGUGCUGAUUGGUGGUCCUACGGUGUGCUAAUGUUUGAAAUGCUGACCGGAACGCUUCCAUUCCAGGGGAAAGACCGAAAGGAGACCAUGACAAUGAUCUUAAAGGCCAAGCUGGGCAUGCCUCAGUUUCUUAGCCCAGAGGCCCAGUCCCUGCUCCGCAAUCUGUUCAAGAGGAAUGCUGGCAACCGCUUAGGAGCCGGGCCUGAUGGAGUAGAAGAGAUCAAAAGACAUUGGUUCUUCAGCACAAUUGACUGGAAUAAAUUAUACAGAAAGGAAGUGACUCCUCCCUUUAAACCAGUCAUCCAGAGGCCAGACGACACAUUUUACUUUGACUCGGAGUUCACUGCCAAAACCCCACGAGACUCUCCUGGUGUCCCUCCAAGUGCCAAUGCCCAUCAGCUCUUCAGAGGGUUUAGCUUUGUUUCCCCUGGAGUAGAAGAGGAGAGCCAGCCACCCAUUCAGAGCAACCUCAACAUGAGCGGCAUACUGCAGCAACCCCAACGGAGCACGCUUCAGUUCACGGAUGUAUAUGAUGUUAAAGAAGACAUUGGUGUGGGCUCUUACUCCAUCUGCAAGCGCUGUGUGCACAAGAGCACAGGCAUGGACUAUGCAGUCAAGAUUAUCAGUAAGGAGAGGAGAGAUCCAACAGAGGAGGUUGAGAUUCUGCUGCGUUAUGGACAACAUCCCAACAUCAUCACUCUGAAAGACGUAUUCAAUGAUGGGCGAUCGGUGUACCUGGUCACAGAGUUGAUGAAAGGUGGAGAACUACUGGAUAAAAUCCUCCGACAAAAGUUUUUCUCUGAGAGAGAGGCCAGUGCUGUCCUGCACACCAUUACAAAGACUGUUGAAUAUCUGCAUGCCCAAGGGGUAGUACACAGAGACCUAAAGCCCAGUAAUAUCCUGUACGUGGACGAAUCAGGCAACCCAGAAUCAAUCAGGAUCUGUGAUUUUGGUUUUGCCAAACAACUCCGAGCAGAAAAUGGACUGCUGAUGACACCAUGCUACACUGCUAACUUUGUUGCUCCAGAGGUCCUGAAGAAGCAAGGCUAUGAUGCAGCCUGUGAUAUCUGGAGUCUUGGAGUUCUCCUUUAUACCAUGCUUACAGGGUUCACUCCGUUUGCUAAUGGCCCGGAAGAUACACCGGAAGAAAUUCUGGUUCGGAUUGGCAGUGGGAAAUUCUCGCUUUCUGGAGGAUAUUGGAAUUCUGUAUCGUUCGAGGCUAAGGACCUGGUCUCAAAGAUGCUUCAUGUUGAUCCUCAUAAGAGAUUGACUGCUGCUCAAGUUAUUCGUCACCCAUGGAUAGUCAACAAGGACCAGCUACCAAAAUACCAACUUAACCGCCAGGAUGCACCUCAUCUAGUGAAGGGAGCAAUGGCAGCCACGUAUUCAGCCCUGAACAGAAAUGUUUCUCCCGUUCUGGAUCCGGUGGGAUGCUCCACACUCGCUCAGCGUCGUGGUGCCAAAAAGUUGACCUCUACCGCCCUGUGACCGUUCAGAUUUAAACCCCAAACUACAAAUGGCGCAUAAAUUUGUGAGAUGUAUGGUGGUUCUACUGUCGUCAUGGAAUGGCAGCCCAAACCAAAAAAAACAAACAAACACUUUUUUUUUUAGUUCUUGUCAUUGAUGCAUCAUCAUGUAGAAUGUUAUAAAAAAGCUCUUAGGAGAAUAUUAAAUUCAUGUACAAUUGUUUUAUGAAAACACUCUAGAAAUGUACUUCAUAUGGGAUUAUAUAUGAAUAUGAAAAUAUUUCUGUGAGUCUGUGUGGAGAUAAUGUAUGAUGUUAAGGGGCUGUGAUUCACAGUUUGUUUUCUGUAUUGUGGUGGUGGUGAUGUCAUGUCUAGCGAUUGCAUGGAGCCGUACUAUUUCUAGUAUUAUUAUCUGAUCAUAGCUGUGCCCACCCUCUUCAAGACAGACCUCACGUGCUGAAAUGGCUUACUGAAGCUUUUCCUUUUGAAAGAAAGAGCUGUCAGUCAGUAAUGCCACUACACGCAACUUUAGAUGGUGCAACUUUAGAUGGUUUAAACAUGGUGCAGUGUUGAAACCAUUUGUGAAAUCAAAGAGAACUAUGCAAGUUAACUUACAAUCCUCAUUGUAUGUCCCUAGAGAUGUAGUGUGUCACAAACCAAGAAUUUUGUGUUGAUAUAGUGUUUUAAUUGGGCAAAGUGGUCCAAAAACCCUUUGUCAUGCACAUGUGUCUUAAAGGGCAUUUGAUUUGCAAAAAAGGCAAUCCAAAUAGUGACCUCAUUCUUUAAAUCUUCUUCCUCUCCAGCAGACCAAUACCCUUCAUAUAAGAGCUACUCAUCAGAACUUAUAUGAGAACACUUGUAUGCUGUAUCUUUCAUAAUGGAUAUGGUAACAUAAUGUAGGAGCUGACGGUAGAUGGAUAUAUAAGGGCAGUUGUUGUUGUUUUUUUACUGGGAAUGACCAAUAUACUGCUGUCUUACUGUCUUAAGUGAUUCCUAACACUCCUUUUUUGUAUUUCUUGAUGUUCAUUCUCUUCAUGAAAUUAAAGGGAAAUAUGCAGGCUAUUAACCAAGAUUGUUCCCGUUUUCUCAAUCAUAAUUUUAAAGACUAUUCAGAAUGUAUUAUUUUAUACCUGGCAAUUAACUGUUUUUUUUUUUAAUGUUAAUGUAUAUGUAUGUCUGAAUGUGAGGCCACAUGUUUGGUGAGACUCGGGCCACAGACGACGUCUGCAUGUUCUGGAAUUAAUUUACAUGAAUUAGUUAAACUGUUCUUUUUUUAUUGUUGCUGCUGUAUUUUAAUAAUAACAGUGCAAGUGAGAAAUAUGUCCUAGUGAUCUCUUCUGGCCACUAUUGUGUAACACUGGCCAUGUAUUUUUGCAGCACGGUUGUGCUUGAGAGAGCAGGUUUUUACCCCUG